AUGUGGCAUGAGAGCUCGGCCGGCAAGAUGUGGAAUGAGGGCUCAGCCCCGUUCACUGCUUUUACUUCCAUGCCAGUCUUCCGUCCUGACAGCGGCGCCCUUGCUCCCGGAAUGCCAACGGCGGCGCAAGCCGGUCCCUCUGCUACCGUAACACCGGGGCCCGCUUCCACGCCUGCUGUAGCUGUGGCUGCAGCGCCUGCAACCGUCAAGAACAAGCUCUCCAAAAAAGCCCAAAAAAAAGCCAAUUUGCAGGCUCAAAACGCAGCCAAGAACGCGUCCAAGCAGAAAGCAAAACUUCAAAGCGACAAGGUGGCAACAAAGCAAGCCAAGAAGCAAGCCAAAAAGCAAAUCGAGAAGCCAGCCGAGAAGCCAGCCGAGACGCCAGCCGAGGCGCCAGCCGAGAAUAAGACCAAGCAGCAAGCCAAGCAGCAAGCUAAGCAGCAAGCCAAGCAGCAAGCUAAGCAGCAAGCUAAGCAGCAAGCCAAGCAGCAAGCCAAGCAGCAAGCAAAGCAGCAAGCAAAGCAGCAAGCCGAGACAGCUUUAAAGCAAACCGAAAAGCAAGCUGAGACACUAGCCAAGAAGCAAGCCGAGACACUAGCCAAGAAGCAAGCCGAGACACUAGCUGAGACGCAAGCCGAGAAGCAAGCCGAGAAGCAAGCCAGAAGGAAAGCCAAGAAGCAAGCCAAAGCCGUCGCCAAAGCUGCCCAAGCUUCUGGCAAAGGCAUUCCCGCCGAAGCAAGGACCGACAACAAGGUCGAUGCCGAGGCGGAAAAAGAUGCUGAUGCCAUCGCUUCAGCCAAGCCUACGCACAAAUCGCGAGGUUCAACCCAGGGAACAGCAACGCGAGACGUUGACUCGUUGCCAACCGAAGCUCAGAGCAAAACAAAAGCUCAGCCCGAAGAACAAGGGUCCUUGCAAGUUGAAAUCACUGCUCAGAUUUCAGAUCACCGUGAAAUCAAUGCUGAGAGCAAGAAAAACCCCAAGGCAGAGUCUCAAGCAGCUGAUAGUCAGCGUGAGGCUCAAAGCAAUGAAACGGCCCAAAACGCAGAUGUGGCUACAGCAGAUCCUAUCCACGAUGAAUUUUUGCAGUAUCGUAUGGCCGUCCUCGAGCGCCUGAAAGCAGACGUCGCCAAUAGUGUUCUGCAAAAUACUCGACCGGUGUGGGCACCGCUGGUUCAUGUGAUGCACAGCUUUCUCGAUGAGAAAAAGCUUUGGCACGACAAGUCUGCCCGAACCAGCAUUUUUGAUCUUGGGCGAGCGCAUCAGAAUGAUUUACGUGAAUGGUCGUCUUAUCUCACGGCCAUGGCUCGUUCCAUGUCCUUCUUCGUCACGCUUGGCGACCUUGUGGAUAAUUUUCUUCAUGCUCACAAAUACACGGGCUACACGCUCGAGGACCUCGCGUUGCCCGAGCCAAUGUAUCACCCAGAUAUCAUCCGGUCCUUUUACCUCGAUCACGAACGCGGCCAGAGAUUUUUUCACAAGGACGCACUGUCUCUCAAAAUAACGGAUAUCGUAGACUUUCUCACAAUACCCGAGCGUAUCGCACCAAGUACAGACGAGGCCGAUGAGCGCAACUGGGUGCAGGUGAGCUUGCAAAAAAUGAUCAAUCAAGUCCUCAAUUUGCAACUCACCGAGGAAGAUGAGCGUCAACUGGACGCGUGCAUCGACGAUCGCUGGCAACGACGACUGGAGAAAAAACUGGCUACAAACUCUCCAGAAUUUAGCAGGCAGGCGGCCUCGGCUCUCUGUGCUGCCAUGGCCGUGCUCAAUGAAGCUGCCAAGAAGACGGAGGCCUGUCCGCUGCCUGUAGCCGUGCUACUCAGGGACAGCGCAGCCAUUGAGGUCGACUUUUAUCGAUCGCUUUCAACCCUUUUGGAUGCGGCACGUAUGGCACAGAGUGACCACACAGCCUGGAGUGAACGGUCGGAUGAGGACCUACAACAACUCUUUCCUGCUUUAUCGACCACUCCAUUGAUUUUGAGUUCAUUGCGUCGCUUCUUGGCCGCACCAUCAAUCAGUGCCCUGCUUUGCGUGGUGCAUCCCAUCUACCAGCAGCUUCUGCUUUGCAACAUGCCAUCUGUCAUCUCCGACAUCAGCGGCAAUGGCUCAGCCGAGGCUAUUGACGACCAUGGCUCAGCCGAGGCUAAUGACGACCAUGACUCAGCCUUUUCCAUGGCGGUGACUGGGGAUGCCCCAGACGGCACAGCCACAGCUGCAAGUGUUGACAACGGCGAAAAGAACCCCACCGACGAGCUCGGAACUAGCGAAACGCAGCCGGCGCAAUCUGAGAGGGUUACCUCAAACCAGGGGCCUCCAGCAGGCUUGCCUUCGUACCUCGAUCAUCUCACCACUUCUGACGAAGCUCAACACACCUUUAACAAUCUGGUUCGUACCAAGUUCCCAGCUUUGCUAGGAUUGAGUAGCACGCAAGCGUCAAGUCUCAAGGCCGUGCCAAUUGAUCCCGAGGAUCAGCAAAGCCCAGACCGUCCAAUUGGAAGCAACGACAUGGUCCAACCUGAUAAGGCUAGCGAGGAGGAGCUGAUGACCGCCUUGGUCGCUGAGGCUGAAUCUUUGUUGAGCAGCAGCAUGGUCGAGCAAGACGAAGCUUUUACAGCGACAACUGAAACUUUUGCUCGUCUCUUAAUGAGCGCCGGCCAAGCGCUGGACCACGCUGGUUUCUCGGAUCAGGGGCGCGUGGAUGCGCUUGCCUUGGCACAGCAAGCCAACGAAAAGGAUUUGUGGUCAGCACCCAUCGCUGCCUGGUUGUCAUCCGGCCCAGGCCCCUCCGUGCGCCAAGCUCGUCGACCACCAAGCAUGCUGGAGCGUGCUUGGUGGCAACGAAUGGAAAUCGACGCGGCGGAUUCAGCAGCGACUCAGCUUGCGCGGCAGGCCUUGUUGACGACGACAGGCAGUCAGGCGUCGAGUAGUCACGAAGCAUGGGAAGUGCCCGUGUCAACUGAGCUGCAAGCUCAAUCUCUUUUGCUUGUGCCUUGUGCCGUGAUUGCGGCGCGUUGGCCUCACUGGUUGUCGCACUUGGCUUUGCCCAACCGUGCCACCGGUGCCGUAAGCGUAUUUGAGCAUACGCCAGCGAUGGCAAUGCCGGAGCUGUCCAGGUGGUUGGCUGCGGCGCCCCCACUUACCCCUCUGAAGCAAUUUCUUUGCUGGAGCGAUCUGGAGCAAUCGGAGCUAGCCGUGCACAUUUUGGCAGCCCAGUCCAGCUUGCAAAAUAGCGGUGCUUGGUUUAUGCUGACGUCAGGUGGAGAAGUUUUAAAAGUCAACAACGUGGACUUUACCGAAGCCUCGGCAUCCCAUGCAGAUCCACAUACCGUUGCAUCAGCACUUCUGACCCGUCUUCGACGUUGCGAGCCGGGUGGUUCAAGCCUCGAGCGAUGCAUCAACGAUUUGGUAGCUUUAUAUCACCCCUGCCCGGCCAUGUUAGAGGCAUUGGCUAGGCUGUUGGCAUCCCAGCUACCGCCCGCGCUAUCAGCUGCUCUUGUUGGGCAACUUCUGAUGCCGGUGGCCAAUGCACUCGAGAGGCGUUCAAGUUUGGAGAUGGAGUUGACGCAGAACAUUAGUUGCUUUGCACAUUAUCGCAUGGCCCAGCUUCUUCAAGAGCAAGGCAUGAUCUCAGGCGUGGCCAUUCAAAUGCCACUGCAAUUUCUACCUUGCUCCGAGCCCAGUACCAAGAGCAAAGGACCCCACCAAAGUGAAACCGAAGCAACUGAUAAUUUGGCGGAGUCACCCUCACCCUUGGACGAGUCCGAGGCCAGCAAAACGCCGUCGGGUUUGAAAGACGAUGAUGGUGUUCAGUUCUUGGCCACGGCUUCUGACGAGGAGGACGGUGUCUCGGGCUUGGCACUCUCCAGUCAAACUGUCAACGGUCACAUGACACCGGCCAUUCAGCUGGAUCAGAUCUUGGAUCAGAUGAAGCGCGACCUUGGGCUGUACAAUGAAGAAGGCCUUUCCCAGCAACUUCUUCACAAAGCCACCAUUUUGGUUGCCACAGAUAUGUACGGCAGUGACACACAUUUUCUGAUGGAGCUCAUUCAGAAUGCAGCCGACUGCACCUACACCGGCGUGACGCCCUGCUUGUCCAUCAUUGUCAAGCGUGACUGCGUUGCUGUCGAGUACAACGAGGAUGGAUUUGGUCGCGAGGACGUGAUGGCCAUUUGCUCAAUUUGUAGCUCCACAAAAGCUGGCGGCAAACAAGGCUUCAUCGGACAAAAGGGCAUUGGUUUCAAAUCGGUCUUCAAGGUCGCCACGCAACCCGAGGUCCACAGCCGUGGCUAUCACUUCAGAUUCAACGCUGAGAACCCGAAGCUUGGUUAUCUAGUGCCCGAGCGCAUCGCCAAGCCGCCAGACUUUAGUGAGGAGCGAGGAACUCGCAUCGUGCUACCCCGCUCUGCCGUACGCAACAGUGGCACAUCCUUCGCUUCCAUCGAUCUUCAGGACAUUUCGCAAAAGCUGUUAACCGCAUUUCAACCGGACAUGCUCUUGUUUUUACCCAAGCUGCGCACAGUCAACAUCGUUGACGGUGACUGCGCGUUCGACAGCAAGCCAGACACGCGCAGCGUACAUGUUGAAUUGCAUGGCUCGCAAUGGCGCGAGCUACGGACAACCCUGUACAGACCUGCUAACGAUACCGUGUCCGAGACACGAUCCGAGUUUUGGCUCAUGCAUACCGUCAAGCGAGAGGCUGUGAAUUUACGCCAACACGCAGCCGAGGCCGAGCUCACGGUGGCACUUCCCGUCGUCUUGGAUGAAGCCUUGCUGGGCCACGAAGCCUCGGAUAUGCCUGGUUAUCAGCGCGUGUUUGCUUUUCUCCCUAUGAAGGAGUUUAACCUGCGUUUUGCUGUACAUGCAGACUGGCACGUGCCGGCUUCGCGCGAGGACAUUGACAGUACCUCGCCUUGGAAUAAAUUUUUAAUCCGAUUGGUGGGCGUGGCAUUUGAGGAGCUGGUGACAAUUGCCCUUGCCUGCUAUCAGCAGCAGUACUUUGCUAAAGAAAAAACAGGCGAGCAAGAGCUGAGACUGCAAUGCCUCGACCCAGUUGCCGGACGGUUGCUGUGCCAGCGCUUGAUCAAUGCGGUGCCUGUGCAGUCUGAGCUUGUCCCACCCUUUGAAGGCGUGGCGGCCGACAUCUCAGCCCGAUUGAGGCAAGUACGCUUUUUGCCCACGACAAGCAAGUCUUUUUGCAGCCCUGCACAAGCGGUGGAUGCGUCUAUGCUGUGGGAGCAUCUGAGUAAGGCCGAACAACGGGUCUUGGGCAAGGCAAUUGAAUUGACGGAGGGCAGUUAUAGCUUUUUGCAUGAAAGUGUGCAUUUGGCACCAAAAAUUCGCCAGCAACUGCAAAUUCAGACGCUGGAUGAUAUCUGGCUGCAGCUUCUGCCGUGGAUCAUUCAGGUCAUGGGCACUGAUUCGAAAACCGAUCAGUUUCAAGCUGGGCUGCGUGUGUUGGCGCUUGCUUUGACUCGCAUCGAGGAGGCGCUCAAGUACCAAACUACGGCGAUGCGCGUGGCUGCCAUCCACCAGCUCAAAUCACUGGCGUUCCUGCCUUUGUGUAGCGGCCAGUUUGUUUCACCCAGCAGUGAAGAUGUCUUCAUGGUGGACGCACUCGCGAUGACAAACAUGGGUAUCGCACAGACAUCUCUGGAAUUGUUCAAGCAUGCACCGAUUGUGCACCUGGACUUUGUUGCUGAGUUGGACAAGCGUCGUGGCGCCAUGCAACUCUUGCGUCGCUGCGAUGUAACGAGGAUCUUGGGCCACUCUUCCGAGCGCCAUUUUGUGUUGGAGGUCCUGCCGCGCCUUUUGUGUGCCGCCCAAUCGGCAAACCAAAUUGUUGAUACAACCAUGCUGGUAGCGCAGCUGGGGUCACGGUUGAAGAUCCGACCAGUCGAGUUUGUAGCUCAGCUUGUCAAACAAUCAGCUGGCUCACAAACUGCCUGGAGCAUUGUGGGGGAGAGCAACGUGAUAAUUAAGAUUGAUGCCUGCUACCGUGCUUCACGGAGUGGCGCAGGCAACUUCAAAGGCAUCAUGUUGCGCGAAGUCGGCCGAGUCGAACGCGUGGCGUAUGUGCAGGAGCUUCUGGAGUGUAUGGGCUGUUUUCCUUGCUUACCUUUUCAAGCGUGCCGGGUGUCAGCGUCCGUUGCCCAACUGCAAGAGCAGGGCAACGUGGCUUCAACAGCGGAUACCACGGUCUCGGACACACAACCUGCUCUAUGGCCAUCACCCGACGAACAGAUUGAGCUGACAUACUACACUUCGCCCUUGCUGGAGCAACUGGUAGACAUGUGCUCACCCUCAGAUGGAACUGUGGAGGAAAUAGCACAACUCCACACCAGAAACCUCAAAUGCCUGCUAGAUGUCUUUCAGCGAAAACCUGAGCUCUUGUGUUAUCGGAGUGUUCAAAACGGCAAAACUUGGCAAGGAUUUAACUUGGCGCUUCGCAAGUACGGCCUUAAAGUGCACUAUCGUGUGAAUGUGGUGAAUGCUUGCUUGGCCCAUGCUUUAUAUGGUAGCUUCAGCGCUCAUGUCGUUUGUGCCUUGCGCAUAUGCCAACUACCAAGGGUGCUACAAAGGCUUUGGCUGAACGGUUCUGGCCCAGCACCAUGUCGCCAACUGGGCACCCUCUACGAGCAUGAGAAGGCCGAGCAGCUGGGAGGGUUGUUGCCGUCUCAUCCACUACUGUCGGACAAGUUGUUACAAAAAGCUUCUUUCAAGACGAUUGAUCUGGGUUUGCAAACCAUUAGCCGCAGGGGUUUGGAAGCCGAGUUGCAGCAACGCGAGCGACAGCGCAGCGACGCCGAAGAGGCAGGCGAGCCCCACCCAUCUGUGCAUAUGAGCAUGAAGCAAGCCCAAGCGUGGGCGAAUUGUUUGGCCCAAAAUUUUGAGCAAGGUUCCGCGACACUGAUGGACCUGCCGUGCCUUUUCAUGCCAACCACAAAAGCACCGUCAUCAGAGGGAAAUGGACGCGGGACAAAUCUGGCAGAGGUUCAGCAAGACGUCAGACUUGAGGGCGAGCUUGUUUCUUUGCGGCGCCUUCGAGUGAGCAAUUACACUGCCACCUCAGAGCCUGAUGAGUCCAUUGAGGGUUACGCUGGGGCCUUUUACAAUUUGGUGAUGGCAUGCCGACCUUAUCGGACUGCCCAGUCACGGCUCUACAACCAUACGAUUUUGGAAUUCUGGCUUGCUGUUGUGGCUCAUCCGGAAAGUGACCGCCAGGACCACCUGGGACGUGUACAUCUGACCCUGCGCUUGUUGCAAGCCUCGCUCUAUGAGCUCGCUCGACCAAACCUGUUGAGUGCAAACUUUCUUCGUGACAUUCCCACCAAAUACCAGCCGUUACCCGCUCUCAUGCCAGUGCGCAACGAUGCGGCGGCAAUGGUUGAGUACGGGCGCGAGGUGGUCAAAUGCUUUCUCCGACAAGAAGCCUGCUUGCCUGUUGUACAGGGAGGCAUCUUUGUGUGGCGUACACUAGAUGAGACUUGCGUUUAUCUUCAGAGCAACCAACGCGCCGACCUUCAGCGUGCAGUUAGCUUUCCAGAGCUGCGCGUGCUCACGAGCUUUCCAUCUCUCUGCGCCGAUUACGAACCGCUUGUCGCGCUGGAGUGUUCCUACUGGCAACCAGCCAAUGUGAUCGGCUUGUUUCGGCUUCUCGGUGUGGAUGAACUCAAGUAUGACAAGCACUUGAAAGCAGACGGCAUCAAGGCCAAGCUUCAAUUGGCAGCAUUGGGUCAAAACCUGCGCUUUGUCACUCCACAGCAAGGUGCUGCUGUUUCGGCUGCCAUUGCCUUGAUUCAGUCUUGGGUGAAUGAGAACUGUCGCGACGAGCAGGCGCACAAGGUGUCCGAGUUUGCAAAACAAACUCUGCUUGUUCUUUGUCACCGUGUCAUGUCCAGUCCGAUUGUAGUACGUGGCAGCAAGGAGCUCAAGAGCUCUACAGUUGACAGUGCUGAGCUGGCAAUCGCGCUCGACUACAAGCGCCAAGAGGGCUUGACUGCCAUGUAUUUGGCCUCCAGAUUGCCCUUGAGCGUCAAUGCCGUGCUCAGCACCAUGCUGCAGUUUGCAGAUGGUUUUCCGCUUCAAGCGUCUCUCGUCAGCCAACUACAAGGGUACCUCAAGUUGCACUUGCAGCCGGUACUGCGUGCAAUUUUGCACGAGGAACAAUCCUUACAGCAAGCUCUUCAAAGAGUGCCUCAUGUAGAGUUCAGCAAUAGCUGGAUUCAUGAAGCACAGAGUACCCCAGCAGCUCCAGAAACAGCGAGCGAGCCCGAGCUCGUGCACCCCAUUGCAGCAGUACUGCCAGUUAAGCUGGAUAGCGCAAGCUCAGCAGAGCGCAAGGUGGCACUCCAACGCCAGCAUCGUGCCUAUCAGCAGCGCAAGCAGCAGAGCGCUCAAUUCAUGCAAGAGCUCAUAGUCACCGGAAAGAUAACUUUGGGUGAUGAAGUUCCAAACGUGGCAUCAGGGAGUGCUAUGCAUGACACUCACGGCAAGCAAGAGCCAACUUUGUUUUUACCUAGUACUGUCUCGUCGGAUGCCACCUUCAAGGGUGACAAGGGAGGCGCCGUCGCGGAUGGCAGUGCUUUCAAGGAAAGAGCCACCGUGGAGCUUCAGACCGAGACUGCGGACAUGCAGCCUAGCGAGGAGCAGCCUGAGGAGACGCAGACUGACGGGGAGACGCAGUCUGAUGAGGAAGAGGAUCGGCCCGAGGAGGAGCAGGCCGAGAAGAAGCAGACGGACGAGGAGAUGCAGACCGAUGAAGAGAUGGCCAGAGAGGAGCAAGCCGAGAGCCAGAAGAAAAAGAAGAAAAAGAAGACGGCAAAGAAGAAGCGCAAGGGCAAGAAGAACAAGGACGAGAAUAGUGGCAAGCCGGCGCACGAGGAUGAGGCCGCACACAGCGAGGCCAUCGAGCCGCAAGAGCUCGCGAAAGAAGCUGCAGAUGAGUGGGCUGACAGCGUGCUUGAGGGGACGUCUGCUGAGCGACCAAUCUUGGAGGCCCCAGUAUUGCCAGAAGAUGGCGGUCAGAAUGAUUUUGGAUGGGCAGACUCCAGCUUUUCCCUUGCCUCGGAUCAUAAGAGCAAGCGAGCAGGUCGAGAUGCAGAGCAGGCGGCUUUCCAGUGGUUUCGAGAUUCUUGGGUCCCCAAGCACAUGCCCGGCAGCAGCUUGACCUGGUACAAUGAAGAGCAGGAAUCCUUCAAGCCGUAUGACAUUUGCAUUCAGUCGACCGGCUCUCAGAUGGUUUUUGUCGAGGUCAAGACGCGCAAGCAGGGCAGCAACGUAUUUCGCAUCUCUAGCAAUGAGGUGGCGUAUGCAGCAUAUUGUGAGAAGCACCAUCAUCAAGGCAUGCGCUAUGUGGUGGCCUUUUUAUCCCGAACUCCAUCCCAUUACGACAUAUGGCUGUACGACGAACGCACUGUGUUGGACAGCUUGUGUUUCUUUGCCGGCCGUGGCAAGGAAGGGGUUGCCCUCACCGAUGCAGCCGAUGCAGCCGAUGCAGCCGAUGCAGCCGAUGCAGCCGAUGCAGCCGACGCAGCCGAUGCAGCCGAUGCAGCCGAGACUAAUGACAAUUCGGGAUUGCAGAUGUUUUCGCCGUUGAUGUACGAAAACAUGUGUUGUGUUUGUCAAACAACGAACCUCGGACACACGGACACGGACUUGGGCCACGGGCACGAGUAUACGGGCACGGACACGGACACGGACACGGACACGGACACGGACACGGACACGGACACGGACACGGACACGGACACGGACACGGACACGGACACGGACACGGACACGGACACGGACACGGACAACGACUUGGGAGUGGGCAGCAAGUAUGGUGUGGCGUGCCCAGACCUGGUCAAGGAGCGACUCGAGGAGGCCAAAACCACGCGCUUUCUCUAUCUGGGACGACAGGGCCCAACCUGCUUUGUGCUCAAGGCACCGGACAGCCCCAAUAAGCUGCGCGUGCGGUUUGGUGGCAUUACGAGCUGUGACUGUCCUGAAGGCUCUGCCCGGUCACGCGACGCCACAAAUUCGAUUCGCAAGGGCAGCCCAUCGCAUGUGUCUCACGACAUCUUCGGUCCUUCAUCAUUUCGCCAGGUCGUCAAGCUGGGUGAGCGCAAUCCUUUGAUGUGGCAACGCGCUCUGGUGGAUCGUGAAGUUCAACAGCUCCUGCGCCUACUGGAUCUGCAGACCAAUCAAGCUGGAGCGCGCAACUCAAUGCAAGGCGCUGAAGGCCACUCGAGCUAUGGAAACGAGCAUGGCGACGCCACUGGCAACGUUAAGACUAUCCAGCAGCGCCCUGUUGAGGAAGGGGAUGUGUGCCCCAUUUGCCAAUGUGAUCUUCUUGAUGAUGAUUUGCCCUACAUUUACUGCCACCAAGGUGUGUGUAUGUGUAUGUGCACGAGUGAGUGA